AAAAAAAUAUGGCAUUGUUUCACCACAAAUAAAUGUGUAUAAUUUAACAUUCUAAACCAAAUAGUUAAAUAUUAGUAGUGGAGUCUAUCAAUGCCCUCCACAUGUCCUGUACUCGAAGAAUAAUAAACAGGCUACUACAGGGAUAUUUAGAACAAAGUCAGCGGAUUACUGGCACAAAAACAUAUAAAUUUUAACAUCUCACAGACUAGCUAUCACAUAUACACACCCUAAAAAACAAACAAUAAAACAAACAAAGGCGCUCCUCUCUUGUACUUUUCAGAUUUUUUCCCACUUCCUUAAUCACACCCUGGGCCCUUUGUAUGACUAAUCACUCUCCUUUGGUUAUCUCACACUCUUAUACACUGUAAUAGUCAGCCUCUCCACAUCACUUUCCUCGGCUCUGGCACUGCGCUGUGCUCUCACACACUGACUCCUGAGAAUAUUCCACUUACGCACAGGCGAGAUUAUUCAUAUAGAUUCACGCUUCUUCCAGAUGGACGUCUGCACGAUGCGAUACACAUGGGCGGCUCUCUGCAUCGCCGUGUUAGCCAUGUCAGGUUCAGUGAAAUCUGAGGAGGCUACGAAUGCUUUAGUGACUUACGAGCUCACCAUGGACAUCACCAACCGCAUCUACAACAGCUCUCUACUCAAGUCCAACUCUACUGAUUAUGAGAUCUUGUACAAACAAGUUACUGACAUGCUCAACUCCAUCUACGGCUGUGCCACGUGUAAAACACACGUGUUUUAUCGCAAUGUGUCAGCGAUGACCUUCAGCAAUCAAACUGGAACCGUGCUCGUAAAGGCUAGUCUCGUGUUCCAGUCAAACAAAACCAACGCUGAUGAGAUCAAAGGGCUGUUUAUGAACGCGACCGCUGGCGAUAAGGAAAUAAACGGCCUUAAAGUCAACCCUAAUUUCACACAAAGUUCAGUGAAAUCUGAGGAGGCUACGAAUGCUUUAGUGACUUACGAGCUCACCAUGGACAUCACCAACCGCAUCUACAACAGCUCUCUACUCAACUCCAACUCUUCUGAUUAUAAGAUGUUGCACAACCAAGUUACUGGCAUGCUCAACUCCAUCUACGGCUGUGCCACGUGUAAAACACACGUGUUUUAUCGCAAUGUGUCAGCGAUGACCUUCAGCAAUCAGACUGGAACCGUGCUCGUAAAGGCUAGUCUCGUGUUCCAGUCAAACAAAACCAACGCUGAUGAGAUCAAAGGGCUGUUUAUGAACGCGACCGCUGGCGAUAAGGAAAUAAACGGCCUUAAAGUCAACCCUAAUUUCACACAAAGUUCAGUGAAAUCUGAGGAGGCUACGAAUGCUUUAGUGACUUACGAGCUCACCAUGGACAUCACCAACCGCAUCUACAACAGCUCUCUACUCAACUCCAACUCUUCUGAUUAUAAGAUGUUGCACAACCAAGUUACUGGCAUGCUCAACUCCAUCUACGGCUGUGCCACGUGUAAAACACACGUGUUUUAUCGCAAUGUGUCAGCGAUGACCUUCAGCAAUCAGACUGGAACCGUGCUCGUAAAGGCUAGUCUCGUGUUCCAGUCAAACAAAACCAACGCUGAUGAGAUCAAAGAGCUGUUUAUGAACGCGACGGCUGCCGAUAAGGAAAUAAACGGCCUUAAAGUCAACCCUAAUUUCACACAAGUCAUAGCACCACCCCUGCACCAACUGUCCACCCCUGCACCAACUGUCUCCAGCACUUCCCAUACAACCAAGUCUCCACUUCUUGCAACUACACACCACAACACCGCCUCGUCCUUUAAUCAAAGUCCCAUUGCUCUGACGUCAUUUCUCCGCUAUAGUGUUUCAUUCUGCCUGCUUUACUUCCUCAGCUAUUCUUUUUAAUUGUGUAAACCUGCCACUAGGGGCAGUGCAACAUCUCUAUAUAAUGAAAUACGGUAAUCUACAGGGUGUACCAACAAUCUCCUUACUUAGUGGACUAUGUUCGCCAGCAUCAUGUCGGUUGUGUCUUUAUGAGAGGAUGUUGGUGAAUGUCCACUUCUCGGUCCGCAACACUUCCAGUCUUUUUCCAUUUGUUAAUAAGUUUGGCGACAGUGUCGUGUGUGAUGUGCUCGCCAUGUUUCCUGUUAAAGUCUAUCACA